GUAUGGUUCCUAUUAGUGAUGUAAAGGGGGUGUAAUGGUACAGCCCUCAGUCUCCACCAAUGGAAUUAUGGGCUGGGCUCAACACCCAUUUUCGGGGAUCUUCUAUAUAACCGGCGUAAAUCAUCCUAUCGGCUUCAUCCUGUUUAACAGUUAUUAACCUGCGCGCUGCUGCUGAUCUGGAGAUACUUUUUGUAGAACAUUUUAUGACUUCCAGGAUGGAGAACAAGUCUUACUUGGUUCAGAUGAAUGGCAAUGGAGUCCACAACAAGAGCAUUGAGAAUGGUAAGAGCCUGAGUGGGAACGGAGUGAAUGGGAAGGACCUCCACCACGUCAGUGUGAGGGGUGCUCUGUAUCCCAGCAAGGCCAAGAGUCGCAGGCAGAGGUGGGACGUGAGGCCCUCGGAGAUGGCCAACAACACGCUGAACCCCAUCAGAGCCAUCGUGGACGGGAUGAAGCUCACCCCCAACCCCGAGAAACCCAUGAUCGCACUCUCCAUAGGGGAUCCCACUGUGUUUGGAAACCUGCCUACAGACGGGGCAGUGCUGCAGGCCAUGAAAGACGCCAUAGACUCCCAAAAGUACAACGGCUAUGCCCCUUCUGUUGGUUAUCUGAAGAGCCGACAGGCGGUGGCCAACUUCUACAGCUGCCCCGAGGCUCCGCUGGAGGCCGAGGAUGUGAUUCUGACCAGCGGCUGCAGUCAGGCCAUCGACCUGGCUAUCAGUGUCCUGUGUAACCCGGGGGACAACAUCCUGGUCCCAUGCCCGGGCUUCUCCUUAUAUAAGACUCUGGCUGUCUCCAUGGGCAUAGAUGUCAAACUCUACAACCUGCUGCCGGAGAAGUCAUGGGAGGUGGACCUUCUACAGAUGGAGAGCCUGAUCGACGAGAGGACUUCCUGUAUGAUCGUCACCAAUCCAUCCAACCCGUGUGGCUCUGUCUUCAGCAAGGAACACCUCCAGAAAAUCAUCAAAGUGGCCUCCAGACACUGCCUCCCCAUCCUGGCUGAUGAAAUCUACAGUGAUAUGGUUUUCCCAGGUUGCAGCUGUUCUUCCAUGGCGUCUCUCAGCAGUGACGUUCCCAUCCUCUCCUGCGGGGGUCUGGCUAAGCGCUGGCUGGUCCCAGGCUGGAGGAUGGGAUGGAUCCUCAUCCAUGACAGGAAUGAUGUAUUUGGAUCCAAGAUUCGACAGGGUCUGGUGAAACUCAGUCAGCGGAUUCUGGGGGCCUGCAGUAUAAUCCAGGGGGCCCUGGACAGCAUUCUCAACAACACACCUCCAAGCUUCUACAGCAAAACCAUCAGCUUUCUGAAGACCAACUCUGAGAUUUGUUUCAAUGAGCUGAGCACCGUACCUGGCCUGAACCCCGUCAUGCCUUCAGGAGCAAUGUACCUCAUGGUGGGGAUUGACAUGGAUCGGUUUCCAGACUUUAAGAACGAUGUGGACUUCACCGAGCGUCUGGUGACCGAGCAGUCGGUCUUCUGUCUGCCUGCUUCAGCCUUUGAGUACCCCAACUACUUCCGCAUCGUGGUGACAGUGCCAGAGGAGAUGAUGGUGGAGGCCUGCAGUCGGAUCAGGGAGUUCUGCAAGCGCCACAAUCGAGCCGGCAGCACUGAGAGCACCGAUCUGGACCAUUGAAGCUGCAGGGCAGGACCAGGCUAAUGCCUGGAUGUUGUUGAGACCAAAUGAUGGAAGAUUUGUCUGUCUACCCACAAACUGAGCUGGAAGCAGCUUUGAAAUCUCAUUCCACCGUGUAAUGAAGUAAAAGUACUUGUGAUGUCAAACCUGUGUUAACAAUUUCAUCACCGUGGCAGCAAAAGCUUAGAUGCAACAAAUUGGAUGGUCCCUUGAUGGUGUAAUCUUUUAUAUAAACCAUAUGAAAUAAGCUUAAUAUUUAUAUUUUAUACAGGCAACGCAUAUACCUUGUUCUUGUGUAUUUAUAUAAUUUGUGUAACGCUUUGUGUGUAAUGUAACCUCCUGCAGUGCAUGCUGGCUUCUUUGCUCCCACAGUUAGGUGAAGGAAAUAUAUAUUUGACUAUCCAUGUUUUAUAGACGUUUUUUGAUAAUGUUCUGUAUUCUUUGCUUGUGAUAGAAAACGACUUUCGGCAUGCUCUCUAUCGUUAUUUGUUAUAUUUGUUUGUUUAUUUUACUUGAUAAAAACAUGUUGACAUGA